CCGUCAUCUCACCCGUCGCAGAGAUAACUUAUCUUCUGGGGGUACUUUUCGUACUUUUACCUGGAAUGAACGCGGUGCGUCGCCAGGUAUACUACAUAGCGUUCGAUUCAUCACCUUCGUCUAGCCAUAUACUGUCCAGUUUUAUAUUCGUUUUAUUAUCACCUGCCGGCAAACGUGCGCGUGCACGAGUUCUCAGGUCAUAAUGUCGUUGAAUAACGAGUCGUCUAUUUCACGCGCAGGGUUACUCCCUGUUCCCUCCUCUGUUCCUUCAGUUGCUCACACAAAAAUGUCCAUUCGCGCGAAUACAGUGCAGCUUUCAAGCAAUGAAGAGGAGGUUGACUUAACCUACACGCCAUCUCCUCCGACCUCUCCUACUGAGACAACUGCUCUUCUCUCCCCCGCUGCACAGUCUCGCCGUGAUUCAAUUCCAAAAACACCUAGUCGUACACCCCAAGGAAAACCUCGUGUCCUUGUAUGUCUGCUUGACACCAUCAGGACGUCCCUCAAAAGCAUCCCGGCCGUCAUUCUGGGGAGCCUUCUCAACGUCCUUGACGGUGUCUCGUAUGGAAUGAUUAUAUUCCCUGCUUCAGGCGUCUUCGACGACUACAAGAUGGCGCCUUUAGGCGUAUCCAUGUUUUUCCUUUCGACAUUGACCGCUCAAUUAACUUAUACACUUGGCGCGAGUCAGUUCGCAGGCGCCAACGGUAGCAUGAUGAUUGAAGUGGUCCCCUUCUUUCACAUGAUCGCGCUGUCAAUUUCGGCAGAUCUCGAGUCGCCUACCGAAAUUUUAGCAACGACUCUGGUGUCUUAUGCCCUAAGCUCCAUAUUGACCGGAAUCGCUUUCUUUCUACUCGGAUACCUGAAGCUCGGUACCCUGAUUGGUUUCUUCCCGAGACAUAUCCUCGUCGGAUGUAUUGGAGGCGUGGGUGCCUUUCUAAUCGAAACAGGGCUCGAAGUCUCUCUUUCCCUGACAUCCACUUCAACGUCCACUCCCCUUCCUCAUAUGUUCACUUCUCUGCACAACAUCAGUUUAUGGGGAGUGCCCUUGUUUCUUGCAAUUUUCUUGCGAGUGGCAAUGUGGCUUUACGGGAAACUUCGCAAAGGUGGCGAUGGCGAAGCUAACUCCGGCAUUUUCGUCGGUUACUUUAUCGUGAUCCCUGUCGUCUUCUACGUAGUGGUCUUGGCCGCCGGCAUACCCAUGGAUGUCUUGAGAAAAGACGGAUGGGUCUUUGAUUUACACGGCGGAAAUGACGCAGGAUGGUACAAGUUCUAUGGAUAUUUUGAUUUCACCCAAGUACGCUUCAAGCCAAUAUGGGACACCUUACCGACACAAUUCGCGCUCCUCUUCUUUAACAUCUUACAUCCUCCUCUUAAUGUGCCCGCGCUAUCCAUAUCCCUUAACGAUGACUACAUCGACACCAACAAGGAACUUGUUGCACACGGUUAUUCUAAUCUCUUUGCUGGGUUAAUAGGGACUGUGCCCAACUACCUUGUUUACGUGAACACGCUCCUAUUCUACCGUGUCGGAGGCAACACUCGCAUCGCCGGACUUCUCCUUGCGGCUGCUACUGCCAUUCUAUUGGCUAUUGGUACAGGGUUCGUCGGAUACAUUCCGGUUAUGGUGGUCGGAGCAUUGAUAUUCGUCCUCGGUAUCGAUCUGGUCAAGGAAGCUAUAUGGGAUACCAGAGGACGCGUGAGCCGGUCCGAGUACAUCACGAUCAUUAGUAUCAUGGUUUGUAUGACGGUGUGGGACUUUGUUAUUGGGGUUCUGCUCGGCAUUAUUGUGUGCUGCCUUUUCUUCGUUAUUCAAACAUCCCGACAGAGUGUCAUUCGCGCGUUACAUACCGGUUCGACUGCACCGUCAACAGUGAGAAGGCCGAGUGUGCAAAGAGCAUAUAUCAGAGAGGUGUCUGGAAAGCAAACGUGUGUUAUGCGAUUAGGUGGUUUCAUGUUCUUUGGGAACGUGACAGAAGUCGAAGAGGGCGUGAGAAGAGUACUGGGAGAUACGUUCGAGAAGGAUGAUGGGUAUGGGAGUACGAGGGGCAGGGUCGAAGCACCGGGGAUACGUUUCCUUGUGCUAGACCUUACUCAUGUGGCAGGGGUUGACAUGAGUGCCAUCGAGGGACUUGUACGGGUCCGGAGAAUGUUGGAGAAGAGGGGGGUAUGUUUAGUAAUGUGUGGUGUUAGGAGGGGGGAAGGACCUGUGGGAAAGGCGCUCGAUGUUUUCUUUGGAGAUGAAGCGGAAUCAGAGGAUGCUCCUGGGGUUGUGGAGGCUGGUAUAGGUUCACUGGUGGAAGUGUUUGAUACUUUCGGAGAUGCCAUGGAAUGGACCGAGAACGCGUAUCUAAAAGCCUGGUUUAAGGCUCAAAAGGUUGCUCGAAGUGUUCCCUUUCUACUUCCGGGCCGACAAGACGCCGACGUCGAGGCCUACAACGAACGUGGCUUAGGUCUUAACAUGCUCGGGUCUCCGAGAAUCGUGCACCUAUACGACGCAGGUUCUCGUACGAUUGCAAAUGAAAUGUACCCCUCGACGCCACCCAGCCUUGAUCAAGCAUCAAUCCCUUCGUUUUCUCUCGGAGGCACCCCGCCCAGACUUUCUAGAGAACCCGUGUCUGGACGUGACCAUGGUCGUCUGACGCCUCCACCCAAUCAAUCCCUACGCGAACCUUUGCUCACACUGUCUCGUGCGCUGUCGUCGUACACAAGUCUCGACCUCACUCCGCUCCCUGCGUACCUUUCUCGCGUAUGCCACCCCGCCGGACAUGUUUUAUGGCGACAAAAUGACCCAGCAGAUGGGUUGUAUAUCAUUGAAAAAGGCGUUCUGAGGGCUUCAUAUGCAUUUGAGUCAUGGGGUUCGAAUUCGGGUCUGGAGAGAUCGUCUCAUAAAAACGAGACCUACACCCAUCCUCCGCACAUUGAGGAAUCCAUGGUAUCAGGGACUGUUGCAGGUGAACUCUCAGCUCUGUCGAAUAUGCCACGCAAUGCGACUAUGGUUGUGGAGAGGGAUGUGGUGUUGUGGAAGUUGAGUCGGGAGGCACUGGGACGGAUGCAGGAAGAGAAGCCUAUCUUUGCGAAGCAGUUCGUCGAGGCGAUCUUAAAAUCGGCGAAAAUCGACUAUGACAUUUUGCUAGCUGCGUUGGCUACAAGGCAAUGAUCCGUAUAGACAUAUAUUUCUUAGAUUUUUCUUCGUCUUCAAUGAUUGUACGAUACAAGCAAGUGCAUGAUCAUCACACAGAAUUAUUUUAUCGUUCCUGUUUUCCCAUAUAUAUAUAUAGCAUAAAUAACCACACAUUCUCGUCGAAUAACAGGAUUUUCAAUCGGUUG